AUGGAAGAGCUCAACAAGUCCCUGCUGGAGGCGGCCUCCCGGGUGGACCUGGAGCGCGUGAGGGAACUCCUGCAGAGCGGCGCGGAGGCGAGCUUCAUCGACGACCCGGAGGGCGUCUGGGGCGCGAGGUCCAAGAAGGGUCCCCUGCACGUGGCCCUCAGAAAGCGACCCUACAAGUCCGACGAGGUGGAUUCGACCUCCUACCAAGAUCAGCUGAACAACUGGACCCAGGUGAUUCGCACGCUCAUCGAGGCGCGCGCGGACGUCAACGAGGCCAGCGAAGAGUACGACUGGCGCGGCUGCGGCCACACGGGCACGGCCUUCGACUUGGCCAUGCCCUACGUCACGCAGAACUCCGCCUUCUUGGAGCUGUUCCUCACUGCCGGCGCGGACCCCAACACCAAAGCCAUCCAGGACGUCCACUCCAUGCGCACCGACGGGCGCUCCGAAAAGCCCAUCCUGCACGAGGCAGUGAGGGCCGGGAACUUUGAAGCGGUGAGGGCCCUGCUGGACCACGGUGCUCGGGCGGACGCCUGGUCUCUGGAGCAAUUUUUUAAUGAGCGGGGCUUCAACCGGAACUCGGCGGAGACGGCGCUGCACCUCGCGUGCGAGCGGAAGGACCUGGCCGUCUGCGCGCUGCUGCUGGCGCGCGGGGCCAGCGUGGAUGCCAUACGGAAGCGCACCGAGCACGUGGACUCGGGCCGGCGCUCCCCUACCGACGACCCCCGGGAGGACGGCUUCGUGCCCUCGGUGAUUUGCGUUCCCAUCGAGGAGACGGCGCUGCAUAUGGCCAUCAUGCAGAAGCAGCCGGAGUUGGUGACCCUGCUGGUUUGUGCCGGUGCAAAGGAGCUGCCAAGGCGGCGGGGGGACGCCUCCAGCAGCUGCCGGGAGCUGUGCGGCGAGGACUUUGCGCUGCUGGAGGCGCUGGCGGCCGAGUGGAAGCCCGAGACCCACCGGCUCUUCCCGGAGAGCGUGCGGGAGAGCGUGAAGGCCGCCCUGCUGGUGGCCCAGCGCCAGAAUUGGCCGGUGCCGGAGAACGUCCUCUUCAAGGUCUGCGCGCUGGCGGCCGGUCCCAUAGCGAUGGCGGCGAGGCGAAUGGAGCCGGAUGAUGAGCGCCCGCCCCUGGUGGAAUUCCCUGAGGGCGAGCCCCUGGAGGUCCUGCUGCUGCCGCUGAUGAUGGCGUCCGCGGCACUGGGUGCCGGCCUGACCGUCAAGCUCCAAACGCCCGUCAGAGAAGUCCACGUCCAUGGCAAGAGCUACGCCCAGAUCAAGGAGAACGCGGUGCACUUCUUCCCCUCGCGCGCCGCGGAGGUUUUGGGCGAGCUGAGCGCCAGCGAGGUCCAGGCGGUGGCUCGCUUCGUGAUGGCCAAGACAGGGGCCCAGCCCUGCCGCUCCGCCCCGGAGGUGGAGACGUGGCUGGCCGGGCCCAGCGCGGUGGAGCUGCUGCGGCCCAAGAAGAAGGAGACCUUGGCCUAUCUGGAUGGCCACGGCCCAGCGCCCCAGCGCUUCGCGCGGGUCACGGUGAACACCAAGGAGGCCGUGGUGGAGUACAAGGUCGGUCCUUUGGGCGCGGACGGCCCGGCGGCAGAUGCCACCAUCGAGGAGCUGGUGCCUGCGGGGGUGAUCCCCUACUCGAAGCGUCCGGGUAUCGAGCUGGAAAUCAACCAGCUGAGGAAUGUGAUCUUCAACCAAUCGGCGCAUCAGAUGGCACCCCUACUGCUCGAGGCCUUCGGGAACAUCUUCCCCAUGCUGCCCGACUGGGACCAGAAGAAGGGCACCAUCACCCUGACCCCCCGGAACGACGCGCUCUCGCCCAGAGGACGCACGCGCCGGCUCCGCAUGAAGUUCACGGUGACGCCGCCCUUGCCCUCCCGUCCGGACUCCCAGUGGAUCUAUCCGCUGCCGCUGGACAUGGAGGCGAACGUGACCUCCUGGAACGUCUCCGAGUGGAAGGUGAACCACAUCACCUUCUGCGGGCAAGGUCCCUUCCCUUCCGAGGCAGCUCUGAUGAAGGCCUACAACGAAGGCCACCUCUCGGUGUGCAAGCCCAAGAUGGACUUCGGAACUUGGGACACCCCGCAGCACGAGUCCCCAAGGCCGGCGCCGGCCCCGCGGCCCGAGAGUCGCAAGGGCGGCGUGGCCUGGGGCCCCUGGAGCUUCUCCGUGACGCAGCGGCCCUCCACCGGGGUGGCGGUCACGGACGUCCGCUUCCGCGGGGAGAGGAUCCUGUACGAGCUGGCGCUGAUGGACUCACAGGCGAUUUAUGGUGGAUCUGCCCGAGACCAAUUCAUGUACUCGGACAGCGCCUACACCAUGUCCCAAUGGAGCGUUUCCCUGGAACCUGGGGUGGACUGCCCCGACAGGGCCACCUACCUUCCAGUCGCCAACUGGAUGGGUCCUGACUUGAGCGUCGCGCCCAACGUCUCGGAUGUGCGCGAGUUCUACCCCAUUUGCGUCUUCGACUGGGCGGAGGACCACGAGAUCUGGCGGCACAUGGAUGGCAACUACACCCGGGGCUACAUCCGCAAGACGGUGGUGGUGCGGUCCAUCGCCACGGUGGGGAACUACGACUACAUUAUGGACGUGAAGUUCCGGGAGGACGGAGAGAUCAACGUGGAGACCCGCUUCGCGGGAUACCCGGAGACCAGGUACCCGAGCCAGGGUGAGGAGAGGUUCUCCAGCCUGGUGCGGGAGGGCGUCGCCGGCAUCGUGCACACCCACUCCGUGGCCUGGAAGGCCGACAUCGAGGUCUCAGGCAGCAAGAACGCCCUGCACGUGACGGAGGUCCGUGAGCACGAGUCCAGCGGAUUGGGGGUGAAUUGGAGAGCAGACCCCCAGGAGCAGACCUUCCCCACCAAGAUCUUGCAGCAGCGCUUUGUAGAGCACGAGGGCCUGCAGAGCUCCACCUUCGUAGCGGACACCAAGGUGCCGAAGGCCUGGGCCAUCGUGAACCGGAACGCCUCCAGCACCCCCAGCGGCAAACCCAACCCCCGGGGCUACCGCAUCGACCUGAUGUCUUUCUCUACCUCACAGGUGCACUCGCCGUCCCACCCCUUCGUGCGGGCCAUGCCCUGGACGAAGUACCACCUCGCGGUGACGAAGUAUCAGGACAACGAAUACCGUCCUUCCUCGCCCUAUGUGAACUUUGACGGCCUUCAGCCAUUGACCGGCGAGUAUGUCCAGGAUUUGGACAUCUUCCUCUCGAACAAUGAAUCGAUCCUCGAUGAAGAUCUGGUAGCCUGGAUCGGCUUGAACAAGGAGCACAUCGUGCGGCAGGAGGACAUCCCACUGGUCUCCAACUUCGGGGUGUCCUUCUCGCUGCAGCCCUUCAACUUCUUUGACCUGAGCCGCGAGAUCCGUGGGCCUUUGGCGCUAGCGCUAGUUGGGCAGCCGGCGUUGAGCCCCGGAAGCGGUGGAGCCGUGGAAAAAGAGCGGGCGGAAGUUGGCAAAGCCAUCGGAAGCCUCGGGCGAAGCUUCGGCAGUCUGGUGGACAAGGGCGAGGGGCUGCAGUACUCCAGGCACCUGGUGGACCGCCGGGAGGUGCGGGUCAUCGCGGGCCACGGGGGCAGCGGCGGCCUGGCGUACAAGAAGCACACCAAGCACAAGAUGCGGAUCGGCCCGGGUUGGCCCUGCGGCGGCAGCGGCGGUCGAGGAGGAGACGUGGUGGUGAAGGCAACUCCGGACCUUUGGAGCCUGGCGCACGUGAACGGACACGUGCAAGCGCCCAACGGGAUGACCGGGCGGAGGGGGAACCUCAACGGGGAGAGCGGCCGGCAGUGCGUGAUCUCGGUGCCGCGGGGGGUCUUCGUGCGUGAGCUCCUCGUGGACCCCGAGGAUUCCCGGCAGAAGCGCCGCGGGGCGCUGCUGGCGGACUUGGAUCAGCCCGGGCAGUCGGUGACGGUUGCCCUGGGGGGCAAGGGCGGCAUGGGUAACAACAUGGCGCGGGUUCACGAGGCCUUCCUGGGCUUGCCGGGCCAGGACCGGCGUAUCGAGCUUGAGCUGAAGACCGUGGCGGACGUCGGCCUAAUCGGCCUGGGCCCCGAGCACCGGGCGAGCUGGAGCAGCAUGCCCAACGCGGGCAAGAGCACGCUGCUGGGGGCGGUGAGCCGGGCGUGCCCGAAGAUCGCGCCCUACCCCUUCACCACGGUGGCGCCCUACGUGGGGAAG